GAUGACGUCAGGCGGAUGGCAAGGAGAGACAUGGCGGUCUGUGAAAGCGAUUGCUGUGGAAAACGAUUGGAGACAGAGAAGUGAACACUGUUGUGUGGAGGACGUGAUGUGUGGAUGCCCUACACAGCGAUACUAGUCUGGGCAGUCGAUCGCAGUCUUCUGUAAACCCACCGAGCAACGAGAGCGUCUGCCAACAUGGCGGAGAAAAGAGCCAAAGAAAAACAGAUGUCCGAGUGGGAGAAGCUGGAGAAGGAGUUCGAGGAGGUCCUCACCGAGCUUAUCGCCGAUGAAACUCUAGACAAAUUCCGCGGCGAGUACGAGAAGCUGCACACGGCGCUGGUGAACUCGCACGACAGUGAGCGCAAGCUGAUCGACAAGGUGCGGCAGCUCAACGCCGAGAUUCAGGACAAUGCCGGCAAAGUGGCUCUGCUGUCAAAAUGUCGCAGGAAGAUCGAAGCACCAUCGCCAGUCUGAGAAAGGAUGUGGAUAAUGCCUGGAAGAUGGUGGAGCACGGGCGAGAGAAAGAGCUCGUUGCACGUGACACCAUUCAAGCGUUGAAGCAGGAGAUCGACAAGCUGACGAGUCUGGUGGAGAAAGGCGCAGGAAUACCUCCUGAUCUCAAGCAGCAAGAGGUGCGAGAGAGUCAGCCCGCUGCUGAGAAACAGAAGAGUGAGGAGGUGAAGGAGACGCAGGAGGAGCAGACGGGCGAGGUGAAAGACGACGGUGAGCGACAGCGGCUGAUGCUGUACCAGGCGGAGGUGGAGCUGCGCAGCAAGGCCGCGGAGCUGCAGAGAGAGCGAAUUCGAUGCAAGAAGCUGGAGAAAAGCUGUGCAGAAUCGGAGAGCGCGCUGGAAAAGGGAAAGGCAGAGUUGGAGGAAGCUCGCAAGCAGCUGGAGGCAAUGAAUGCCUCUGUGACGAGACUACAAGACGGCAACAAUGACCUGAUGUUAUCUAUAGACAACUUGAGGAAGGAAAACGAAGUAGCUAACGUUAAGCUGCAGCGAGCGCAACUCGACAUACAGAAGCAGACCUCCACUGCUGAAGAGCUGACACAGGAGAACGCGUCAUUGGGUCAAAAAAUUCGGCUGGUGGAGGAGAACUCGGACAAGAAUGACGGAGGACAUCAAGAAACUGAUGAAGAUCAGGGACAAGUUGUCGGAAGGUUAUCACUAGCCUGAAAUCUAACCAUCUGU